UAACAAAUAUUAACAGUCAGUUUUAUUAACAAAAAAAACUUUAUGUAUAAAUUAUAUAUAAUAUUAAUAAAACUAUACUAUUAAAUAAUGUCUGUUAGUUUUAAUGAACACUUGUAUUUUAAUAACAAUACAAACGAAUCGUUUGUAUUAAUUUGUUUUAAACAACAAUCGGAAAAAUUUUGGUCAAUGUUUGACAAUAUUGUUGAUAAAGUGUUGAAAAACAUUAUGACAACCAAUGAUGAGACAGUGGCUGAACAGAUGAAACCACAUUUGCAACAAAUCAUAGGCUAUUAUAAGGGAUCAAAAACUUUGAAUCCGUUUGGUUUCGGACCAGUAAUGACCUAUAGUUUACUUACGGGACAUAUGCCCAGUGAUCCACUGUUUGAUACAAAUGUCUAUGCAUUGGGUUGGGUGGGCAUAAUGUUGUCCAACUAUUAUUUCCUGUUGGACGAUAUUAUGGAUAACUCAACUAAUAGAUUGGGCAAACAGUGUUGGCAUACAUUGCCAUCAGUAGGUUUAUCGGCACUAAACGACAGUACACUGUUGUUAUCAGUUAUCCAUAAAAUUAUCCGACUUUACUAUGAAAGUCAUCCAUACUAUGUAAAUAUGGUUAAACUAAUGACCCAGCUACUUGGUAAUAUAUCAUUAGGACAACAAUUGGAUAUGAUAUACUCACAAAUGCCUCAAUCAAACAAUUUUAAAUAUUUUACAAUCAAAGGUUAUGUUAAUAAAAAUAAAUAUAAAAAUGCAUAUUUUGGAUUACUUAUGCAAUUCAAAUUUGGAUUGUACGCUUCGGGUCGGGAUUGUAUUGAACACCAAGAAAUAGUUGAAGAAAAGUUAAUACUGUUGGGUGUAUUGGAUGGCGCUAUCAAUGAUUAUGAAGACCUGAACAAAGAGGGCGGAACUGAUAUACAAGAGGGUAAGUUCAGUUGGCUAGUGGUCAGGGCAUUGGAAUUGGCAGAUGAUAGACAACGGGCUAUAAUUGUCGAUAACUAUGGCCGAGUAGAUGACCAGUGUGUCCAACAAAUCAGACAAUUGUAUAAUGAAUUGAAUUUGAAACACGAGUUUCUUGUCUAUGCUAACCAAGUGUUUGAUGAUAUUCACAAAUUUUGUUUGGAUUUUAACGACAAUUUGGUCACAAAAUUGUUGACCAAUUUUGCCGAUUUGGUCAAACAAUAUCUCAAUUAUGCGGUAAAAGAUGAUUCUGUCUUUAUAUAGUUAAUUCGUUAAUUAUUUUAUUUAUAAUUUUAAUUUUAAUA